CGGUGCGCCAGUGUCCGGACGGCAGUGAUGCAGGGCAAGAUGCACCUCUGGUGGCUGGGGUGCGCGGUGGCGGCCCUCGGAGCCGUCUGUUCAGCGGCGGAGAGCACAAGCGAGGAGGACCUGCUGCGCCAGCAGCGGCUGAUCGGCAACAUCAUCACGUCGACGACCACGGUGCUGACCAUCACCACCGUGUCGACGGAGGUACCCGUCAGCUGCCUGGUCAACACAUUGCCCACGGUGGCCUGCACGGGCCGCCGGCGGAGGCGCGCCGCCGCGCCGCGCCCGCCCGCGCUGCCCGACCACCACAGUCCGGCUGACACCCGGCUGCACGGCUCGCUGAGCGAGGAGGCCGAGCAGCACGAGCUGGCGGCCGCCGCGCCGCCGCUGGCAGACGCCGCCGCCGCCGCCGAGCAGAAGGCCAGGAUCUUCCUCUUCGCCACGCGCUUCGUCACCGUGGACAACGUGGUGACGUGGUACACGACGAGCACCAACGAGUCGACCACGGUCUCGUUUUCGCUGGCCUGCACGGCCGCCGGACAGAACCUGCUGACGCGCCGCUGCGUCAGCCCCUAGAGCCGCCGCCGCCGCCGGCUGUAGGUGGCAGCACCGCCGACUGUGCGCUGUAGGUGGCACUACCAGUCGUCAAGGCUGAAGUAACUUCCCGCUAUAUGACCCCAUCGAAAUUACUGGGGCUGCUCGGGAGACUGAAAGCUGCCUUGUAAGCAUAGCUUGAUAUUACGUGUCUCCUCGUAUUUGUUCAUAUCUCCCAGAAAACAUGUAGCUGAGGGUUGCACCUCGUUAUAUUCGUUCGGUUACUGCGUUGUGUUUUAAAUGAGUUAUUUAUCGUGUGAUAAGCAGAAAUCUUAGCGCAUAAACAUAAGAAGCAUACAUAGACCACUGCAUAAACGGAGAGGUCCAUUUUAUGACAUGUUUCUGCCUUUUGUGAUCCAUCCUCUAUGUCCAGAGGACUGGUCACCUCACCUGCACCCCUGUCCACAGGACUGGUCCACCUGCACCCCUGUCCAGUGGACUGGUCGCCUGCACCCCUGUCCACAGGACUGGUCACCUGCACCCCUGUCCUUUCCACAGGACUGGUCACCUGUACCCCUGUCCACAGGACUGGUCACCUGCACCCCUGUCCACAGGACUGGUCACCUGUACCCCUGUCCACAGGACUGGUCACCUGCACCCCUGUCCACAGGACUGGUCCACCUGCACCCCUGUCCACAGGACUGGUCCACCUGCACCCCUGUCCUGUCCAGUGGACUGGUCCAUCCGGGUGACGGCGGGAGCCGGGAGCGGCUGGGUCCCACCGGGACAGGAGCGGCGGGGCUGGCUGUCCCACCGGUCCCACGUCAGAGGACCGCUCACCGCCACACACCGGUCCGCGGGGGACCUGGCACGCGUAGCGUCCUAUCCCUCAGCCGGACUCCUGAGCCCACCCGACUCGAACAGACGACUCGCCUGCUGUUGACUAUUAUGUAGGAUCCUGCGCUCCUUCAUGUGCUUGUUAUUGUUUUGUUGUAUGCAUUCUAGACCAUUGUUAUGUAACAAUAAAUGAUUGAGCGAUG